GGCGCGCGUUGCCGGCGCGGCUCCCAAGAUGGCGGCGGGUGCGUGAGCGGGGCGGUCGGGGAGGCCCGGCGGGAGCGCGGCCGCCGCCGCCAUGAAGGGCAAGGAGCGCUCGCCCGCCAAGGCCAAGCGCUCCCGGGGCGGGGAGGACUCGGCGUCCUCCUCCUCCUCCUCGCGCGGCAGCAAGAAGCCGAGCGGCUCGUCCGGCGGAGGCGGCGGCUCCAACGGCGGGAAAGCGGCGGCGGCGUCCGGCGAGAGCAACAGCGGGAGCGGCCGGCGCGGCGCCCACGCGGACAAGGGCGGCCGCGCCGGGAGCCGCGAGUACGAGAGCGGUUCGGCGGCGGCCGCGGGCGGCGGGGGCCGGCACGGCUACAGCGGUAAAACCGCGGAGGCGUCGCGAAGCAGCAGCAGCCGCGGCGGUGAAUCGCGAGCGGCCGCCGCCGCCUCGUCCUCGUCCUCCUCGUCGGAGCCGGGCGGCGGCGAGUACAAGACGCUGAAGAUCAGCGAGCUGGGCUCGGCGCUGAGCGACGAGGCGGUGGAGGACGGGCUUUUCCACGAGUUCAAGCGCUUCGGCGAUGUGAGCGUCAAGAUCAGCCGGCUCCCGCCCGGCGCCGGCGCCGCCGACGAGCGCGUGGCCUUCGUCAACUUCCGCCGGCCCGAGGACGCGCGCGCCGCCAAGCACGCCCGCGGCCGCCUCGUGCUCUACGACCGCCCGCUCAAGAUCGAGGCCGUCUAUGUCGGCGGAGGCAGCGGCCGCCGGCGCAGCAGCCGCUCCCCGGCGCUGCUGGACAAGGAGUCUCCCUACGGCACGGCUGCGGUCGGGGCGGUGGCGGCCGCCGUGCGGCACCCGCCGGCCGGGGCCGCGCAGCGGGCGCUGUCCCCCGCGGGCAGCGGCGGAGCUUUGGGAUACCGGGACUACCGGCUGCAGCAGCUCGCCCUGGGCCGGCUCCCGCCGCCGCCACCGCUGCCAAGGGAGCUGGAGAGGGAGCGGGACUACGGUGGCUUCUACGAGGCGCGGGUGCGGCCGGCCUACGGGCUGGAGCGCGUGGCCGGCGUGGCGGCGGCCGGGGGAUUCCGAGGAGGAGGAGGAGGAGGUGCCGGAGCGGCCGCUGAGGAGGAGAUCAGCCCUGAGGACGACCAGAGAGCCAACCGCACGCUGUUCCUGGGCAACCUGGACAUCACCGUGAGCGAGUCGGACUUGCGGCGAGCCUUUGACCGUUUUGGGGUCAUCACCGAGGUGGACAUCAAGAGGCCGGGGCGUGGGCAGACCAGCACCUAUGGGUUUCUUAAAUUUGAGAAUCUGGACAUGGCGCACCGGGCCAAGUUGGCCAUGUCAGGGAAGGUGCUGCUGCGCAACCCCAUCAAGAUCGGGUACGGGAAAGCCACCCCGACCACCCGGCUCUGGGUGGGCGGCCUGGGGCCCUGGGUGCCUCUGGCUGCCUUAGCCAGGGAGUUUGAUCGGUUUGGCACGAUCCGCACCAUCGAUUACCGCAAAGGGGAUUCCUGGGCCUAUAUCCAGUACGAGAGCCUGGACGCGGCGCAGGCAGCCUGCACCCACAUGCGGGGGUUCCCCCUGGGGGGGCCGGAUCGCCGGCUCCGCGUAGACUUUGCCGACACGGAGCAUCGGUACCAGCAGCCCUACCUGCAGCCGCUGCCCUUGCCGCCCCCAGCUCAUUAUGAGCUCGUGGCAGAGGCGGCUGCUUUUGGGGCUCACCGGGGAGCCCCUCCUGACCCUCUGCGGGGGGCCCGGGACAGGACACCACCGUUGCUCUAUAGAGACCGUGACAGAGACCUUUAUCCUGAGACAGAGUGGGUGCCCCCGCCGCCCCCUGUGCGGGACCGGAGUAAUCGGGCCGCUGCCUAUGACCCACUGGAAAGCCUGGAGCGCCGCCGGGAUGGGUGGUCCUUGGAGCGGGACCGCGGGGAGAGGGAGCUGGGCAGUAGGGAUCAGCCUAGGAAACGGAGGCUGGUGGAGGAUGGAGGCCGGCACUUGGACCGUUCCCCUGACAGCGAGCGCUCCUCUUCCUCCCGAAAGCGCCACUGCUUGGCCACAACCUCUCCCCCGGACCGCAGCCCCGAGCUUCUCGGAGGCCGGGAGCGUUACAGUAGUGACGCUGAGCGCUCGUCCCGCUUGCUCCUCUUGGAGCGACCUUCCCCCAUCCGGGAGUCCCACCGGGGCAGCCUGGAGCGGGGGCAGAACGAAAAGCGCGACCGCAAGAAUUCCGCAGAGCGGGAGCGCAAGCAUCGCGCCGCCGCCGCCGCCCAGGAGUGCAAAAGUCCGGCCAAAAAGGACGAGCGGGCGGCGGAGGGGGGUGGCGGAGGCUCUCGGCUCAAACCUCCUCCCCAGAAACAGCAGCAGGAUGGAACAGCGCAGGCCGGGGCAGCGCCCAAGCUGUGCUUAGCUUGGCAGGGCAUGCUCCUGCUGAAGAACAGCAACUUCCCGUCCAACAUGCACCUGCUCCAGGGGGACCUCGGAGUCGCCAGCAGCCUCCUCGUGGAGGGAGCGACUGGGGGGAAAGUGGCUCAGCUCAAGAUCACCCAACGUCUCCGUCUGGACCAGCCCAAGUUGGAUGAGGUCAACCGGCGCAUCAAGGUGGCGGGUCCCAACGGAUACGCCAUCCUUCUGGCCGUGCCCGGCGCCUCAGACAACCGCUCCGCAGCCGGAGCUGCCGAGGCCGCCACCACCUCCACGCAGAGGCCGCUCAGGAAUCUGGUGUCCUACCUAAAGCAAAAGCAGGCUGCUGGGGUGAUCAGCCUUCCUGUGGGGGGGAACAAAGACAAGGAGAACAGCGGGGUCCUGCACGCCUUUCCGCCCUGCGACUUCUCCCAGCAGUUCCUGGACUCCACGGCCAAGGCGUUGGCCAAAUCAGAGGACGACUAUCUGGUCAUGAUCAUUGUCCGUGGGGCAUCCUAAGGCCCUCGUGUUCUGUUCCCAACCCUGCCUACUCCUCCAUGCAGCCCCUCCAGCGUGUGCCAGCAAGUCCCAAGAGCUCGCCCUCGAGAGAGCUCCAAACUGAACAGACCAGAUUUAAAGCACUCAGUGGAAACGGAAAACCAUACUUUAAUAACAGACUGGUGUCACCUCCUCUUUUGAGUCCUUGAAAUUCCGUGUGGGCCUCAGGCCAGGGGCCCUUUGGCCCGCGGGAUCCCUUCCCUCGGGAGCCGCAGCGGUUUCCCCGUUGAGUCGCGUGGCUCAAGGUCGACGUUUUUCAGGUGAGCAGCAGCUGCUCUCGGGUACACAGCAGAACACUGAAUUCCUUUUUGGAAAGGGAUUCCUUUUUUCAUCCAGCCCCCCCAGGUGCAUGCACUGAAACUGGGCUUUUUAACAGGUGUAUUUCCCUGAUUUCCCAGUGUAUCCCAUAUGUGCACUUUGGGUUUGUAGCAGUGACUAGGUUGUAGCAGUGACUAGGUGAAGAGCUGAGGACUUUGUUGCAAACCAGGAAUGUCUUGUGCUCACUCUGGUGUGCAGGAAACAAGGAGGUGCUUUAAGGAGAACUUGAGUUAUAUUGUGGGGUUUUGGUUUUACUGCCUUUUUUUGUUUCGUUUUGUUUUGUUUUGCAAGAGUUGCAGGUUCAGUGGGGUCUGGUUCCACAAUGCAAACUGAGCAAGUAAGUGCUUCUCUCCAGAGAUGCUUUUCAUUCUGUGAUAAUUUAAUUACAUAAAAGUUCUCAUUAACAUUUUACCUCUUUGUUAAUAGCAAGGAACUGCUGUCUGCUAGGGACUUUUCAGGUACAGUGUGCAGUGGGCAUUACAUGAGGUUUAUCAUGGGCACCUGGAGUAAAGUGGUUUUAGCAUCUUGGAGAAAUAUUAAAAAUACUCCAAGAUGCUGAGGUUUGAGCUCUUGUUCUUGUGAUUCAAGGAUGAAACAGUUUGCAGGUUGUUUUUGGGGGUUUUUUUUUCCAAAAGAACAUAGUUAAUUUUUUCUUAUUUUUCCCUAAUCAUUGGGCACUUUUCUCCAGUUGUCUUAGCCACCUUUGGUAAUUCAGGCGUUUAGGAGGGGAGAAGGGAUCUCAAUCCCUGAUGCGAUCUAACUCCAUGAUAUUCAGUUUAACAACCAAAAGGAUGUUGCAGCAGCUUCUAAACUGAAGUGUAAAUCUCACUGUAUCUCUUUACAGGCCCUAAAAUUGUAAUCUUGCACUUAAACCCAGAAUGUAAUCUUGCACUUAGCCAUGUUUUCAGGGAUUUGGGCAACGGAGAAGCGACGCUGCCUCUCUCGGUCCAUGCUCCAGUAGAUUCCUUGGAUAAUUGAUACAGGCAUGAGUUGAUUUCUGUUACAACUUGCAUGGCAAAAAUCAAAUUCAAAGUGUGGAAUAGGAUGCGAUAGGAGACAAAGGAGGAAAUGUCUUGAAUGUAUUUUAUGGGUGUAACUGAACUUGCUUGAGUUUCUGUCACAAAAGUAGGAAUUUUUGUUACUGCACCACUUGUCAGAGAGGGCUUUGAUUCCUUUAUCUGCCCAGAAUGAGUGGACCCAGCAUCCCAAACGUGGUGAACUGAGAAUUCCAAUGUGGCAGCAUCUCUUAAACACAGAUUUUGUUUUUUAUAGCUGCUUUUCUUUCUAAAUGAAAAGGUGAAAGUCUCAUUUAAUGCUCUUAAAUUUGAGAGUAAAAUCCAGGAUUUCUGGGUUGUCCUUCAAUGUGAAUGUAAGAGAUGGCAGAAUUCAGCUGUUCAGCUUACUAUUAACAAUGAGAAUUUUUGGGAAUGACACCAGAAAUGCAAAUCACUGUGUUUAAGAAGAUAAAGCGUGUUUACCACUUAUUGCAAAGAAUGUUUUAAUUGGAGCAGGUGCCUGUUGUGUGUCAGCAGGUGAGCAAUGCUGCAAGUGCUGCUUGUAUUCAGGGGGAGUUUUCUGGGAGAUUUCUGUCAUCUGACAGAAAUCACUUGCAAGAGUUUUCUAGGAAAGACUUGAACAGCUGGGAAUUUAAAUCUGCCCAAAACCGGGGGGAAAAAAAGCACUAAAGUUUGUGUUGGACACUGAGAGCAGCAUUUGUUCCGCUGAUCCGCAGCAGGCACCUGCUUAAAAACCCAUCAAACUUGGGGUCAGCAUAGCUUGUCAAAGCCAGCUUGGUUUGGGAAGCCUUUUGGGAAGAGCAUGUUAGGUGCACUUCCAUUUUUCCUUGGGAAGUCACGGUGGUUCCACCUGCCACUGGCUGUGAAAUUGUGCUGUGCUGGAGGGCGAGCAGGAACAGGCGAGGCCGUGUUUGACUCCAAGUUUUUCUGGUUCCUUAUUUAAUGGAGCACCUGCUUCUUUGAAUCUGGUUCAUUUGUGGUUGCUGCUCUGUUUUGUAAGCAAGGAUUUUAAACACCCUUUGAGGGUUCUUGUGGCAAAACUUUGAAAGGUUUUUUUUGCUGGCACUGAAUUCCCGUGCUGCCAUCCCGGCUGGGCGGGCUGUGCUUUCCUCCUUGGUCUGAGGUGUUUCCCAUUGGAGUAACUGUCCACUGAAGUUGGCUUAGCCAGGGCUGAAGGUUUAGAAGCCUGUGGGUGAUACCACUGUGUGUAGAGCAAACCAGAUGUAGCAGUUGUUGGCUCUCUCCUCGUGUCUGGCAUUAAGUUGCUCUGGUGAGAGCUCAGUAUUCCCUCCCGACCUUGUGUGCAGCUGAUGUUCUUCUAUUUCAUUAGUGUGUUGAAUUAGUCUGGAAAAAGGAUGUCCUUUUCCUGAAUCAUUUCAUCCUUGUGCUUUAUGCUUUGGGGAAAGAACCUCAAAUGACUCGUAGUUUUGUUUGAGAUUUUAGUUUGUUGUUUAUUUUUUUCAAUUGGAAACUUUGCGCAACUUCUUGGCCCCUGGCCACUGGCUUUGUUUGCCACGGGAGCACUGAGGUUAUCCUCAAUCCAGAGGUUUUAGGGGCACAAAUACCAACACAUCCUUGUCAGCCUCCCAGAGAGAAAAGGGCAUUAUUGCCAGGCAGACAAGCUUUGCCCUCUCUCUUUUGUUUCCUACAAGGAUGUUAAAGAUGGACUAUUUCAGUGACAAUUUCUUGGCCUCUGUGGAGAGCCAACUCUUAUCAAGAACGAGUUUUAAUUUCUUGUGUGGCUUUGGGAACCCUCUGGUUGAUGGUAACUGAGGUGAAAGGCCUGAGGUAUUAAUGGGGAGGGGGAUUGAAUCAAAAUUGUGAAGACAAGUUCAAAAACUCUGAGGACUCAGGGAAAAAUGCCUUGGAAAAUGGUAGUUCCUGGCUCAAAGCAAAACAGUGUUGAGGGCAGCGCUCCUGGGGAGUGCUGUGUGCCCUGAGGGGAAGAAACGGUUGCCGUGUGGCUCUAGAGCUUUUGGGGUUCUUUCCCCUUUGUCCCCCUGUUUAUUUCUUUAUAGCACUGAAGGACAGAUAUUCCAAUGAUUGGUAGACUGAACGAUGAGGUGAUUUUUGUAUCAGGCUUAAAGCAGACCGGGUGGUGCAGAGAAUGGUUCAUUGAAUAUUCAUCUUCCCGCAGUUCUGAUUGUGUGAAAACGAUGGCUAGGAGAUAUGACUUGAAUAGUAACAAUUUUAAAUUUUAUUGGGUGUGUCUUUGAUUUGACCUUUUAAUAUUGGCAUUGUCUGCUGUUAGAACUGCGCAGCAGAGCGAGAGCAAAAGAGCUGUGUAACACUACACUGCAUGGUUUUGUUGAUAAGUUGCCUUCAGGAAAUACCCAGUGAGGAAAGUCAACCGAAUUAGCAAGAAUUAGGUUGGUUUUUCUCCUGGUUAAUGAUUUCAAUGUGCCCCAACAAAUGUUACUGCAAGUUGAGUAAUCAUCCAUACUGUAAGCCUAGUUUUAUCCUGGUCCAAAAAGAAGCCCUGCACUACUUGUUUUGCAUCUAUCCCUAGAAGGCAACUUCAUUCCGAGGUUUCAUGCCCAUGGGUGGUAUUGGUGCUUUUUGAAGUCCAAGUAGAAUAUUCAGAAAGGCCUCGUAGCUCUUUAUGUUCAUCUGUAUAAUGUAGGGAGGGGAAAAACCCAAAUCUGGUGUACACAUUUGUAUUGAAAUAACGUUUUUUUUCCUCCUGCAAGCAAAUCUGGUGGACUGCAGAAGACAACUGCAUGGGAUACCAAGCUCUAAUGGACCUUUGGGAAGAGAAGCUGUGGCUUAUGUGGAAUUUACAUGGGCCUCCUGGUGGAAGAAAGCUUAUCUGUUUAGUAUUUGUGCAUUUUACUAAAAUGGCAGCUUUAAAAAAAAAAAAAGUUGUGUAUCUGCUAUUGUGAUGCCAAUGCCCGUGUUUUAAGUGGAAAAAAAAAAUGACCUCUUUGCUUUGUGCUGUGUACACAAGAUUGCUGGAAAAGUAAAGGAAUACCCUUUUUAUGGCUCACACAGCUUAAAAGUAGCUGUCACUCAAACAUGCGCUCACAGUUGAGCUGAUUUUGUUUCAUUCUAAAUAAAUUGUUUCUUUUGAGGAAAA